AUGUCUCGCGCUUUCUCCACCGCAGCGCGUGCCCUGCUCCAAUUCGUUUGGAAGGGAACUCAACCGGUCGCAAGCUAUGAAGAGAUAAUCGCAAAUGACAUUGCUAUGAACAGCAAAUUGCAAGGCAAAGUUGACAAAGUUGAAGUCCAGGGCGGGGAACACGGAAGAGAGAACAAUCUUUGGGUCUCUAUAAUGAUAUUCAGCGGGAUGAAGCGCCUCGUUUCUGCUCAUGCAAACAAGAGAGGAUUCUUGGAAUAUUCAAAAAUAGAAUACCAGAAGGCUCAAGGUCCUAAGGGCGACGACGAUGUCGGCGGAGCAGAAGAGGCUAAGUGA